AUGGACGGUCAAAGUGACGAAAGUUAUACUGUGUCUUUUCAAUGCAAGUUGAGUGGUGAAAGAUAUGAUGAAAAAUGUGAUAAGUUUAUACAGGCUUUUUCCAAUAAGACAGCGAGCAAUUGGGUUGUUGAGAAAUGCAUUCGUGAGGGACAACGAUUUGAAUUUCGUAAACGGUAUUUAUGCCAUCUUUCAUUAAAGACUAAGGUAAAAAAUAAAAAGAAUGGAGAAACGCGUAACUACAACUGUCAUGCAAAUAUCAGCAUACAAUUUUUGAAACAAACACAUAACACUUUAAAGAAAUCCAAAUUACUUAGAGAAGGAUUACACGUUUUAAUAGACAUACAUUAUGUACAUAGUCACAGAUUGCACGUUGCUCAGGCUUACAAUCUUUUACGUUGCAAUGAUGACGUCAAGGCGUUAUUUGUCUCAUAUUUUGAAUCAGGAAUGACUCCUGCAGCAGCGAAAAUAUUCCAUGAAAUGGAAUUGGCUCAAAAUGUUGGUUUGAGGGUUGUUCAAUGCUUAGCAAAUGUUCAAAAAAACCCUACGGAAACACAAGUUAACUAUUUAUAUAAAAAAUGGCGAAAUGAACGCUACGGUGAAAGAUAUGUGAGUAGCGCGGUUGAAAUUUUAAAGAAGCAGGCCGAUCUUUCGGAAGGCGAAUUAUAUAUAUAA